AUGCCUGGCCAGUACUUGCAAGAGGACUGGAAACUUAUCAACGCUGCCACACCUAUCCUGUGCUUCAUCACAGCCAUACUAUACGCCCUCUAUAUUCUCUCCUUCCCACCAACCAGGCGCCUCUACCGCAAACUCUCCAUCUUCAUCCUCGCCUUACCAACCUGGUAUGCAUUUCGAUACUCGGAUCAACUCUGUCCACACUUCUUGAUAAAUGACACAUUUGCGCGGACGUGUCUAAUAUGGUUCGCACACAUGAGCUACGAAGUCUGCAUCGUAGAAUUUGCGCCGGUUCUGCCAAAGGAGAAGCAAGACAUGGGAGAACAGGGACAAACCAAAGAAAGAGUCAAACAAGGAUACAAAGUUCUUUUCGAUCGGAACCACACGCAGGUGCUUGAACAGAGACAACAGCACAAAUCACCGACAAACUCCAAUGGAAUUUCGGCAUUGAAAGAAAAAACUGGAGAAGAGCAAUAUAUAGCAACCAAUAAGAAGACCGACGAACCUAUCUUGCGGAACACUCGCAUCCAACACGGCGUUGUGCUACCUGAGAAAGAAGGCCAUGGCUACUCGCGCUGGAGAUUUGUCGGCUACCAUGUCCUCAAGGGGCUCGUUUACUAUGGCCUCCAAAGGCUGUUCGACCUCUACGAAACACGCUACUCCCCUCUUGUCCUACCGCCUAGCGCAUAUAUGACACCAGGGCUCUUGAAAUUCUUCCAGCAACUGCCAACAUCUAUAGACUACCAAGAGAUAACCUGGCGGUUGGAGUUCACGUUCGACUGGUGCAUCUUGUCCUUAUGGAUGUAUGAAAGCUAUCACAGUAUGUUCGCCGCUCUCUACGUCGGUUCGGGGCUAGACGGCCCGGAAGAAUGGUCUACAGCUCUCUUUGGCCCAUUUAGUAACGCGUGGUCGGUGAGAAGGUACUGGUCGAAGCAUUGGCACAAUUAUGUCUAUCACUCAUUCUCAGGCCACAUCAAAUGUGUGACGAGAGGCUGGCUGGGUAUGAAGCGCGGUGCAGUCACGCGAUUGGUCGAGAAUACGCUUGUCUUCUUCGUAUCCGGCCUUAUGCACUCACUCGUUCGGUGGCAACAGAACCCUUCUGGCGAUUGUUGGUCUAUCACAUGUUACUAUGUUGCGCAGAUUCUACCUAUGAUAUUCGAGUGGUGUGUGGCGACUCAGUGGAGCAAGGUGCGGAGACUGUUAGGAUUCAGGUCAGACGCAAGGUGGCUGCAUAGCGCAGAGUAUGCUAUCGGGUAUUUGUGGAUCAUCGCCUGGUUUCUUUUCAGUGUGCCAAAGUACUACCAAACGAGGAUGGCGUGGUCAAAUGUGAAGAGGCUUAAGACUUUCAUAGCGGAGUUGGAGGCUGCUCGAGCUCUCAAUGAGACGAGCACAGAACGGUAG